AUGCUGUCUUUGAAUCAGUCUUGUUUCUCAGGGACUCUCCUGAUGCUGUUGGCAUCAAACCUCAUUCUGUGGAACAAUGUGGCCUCUGUGCCCAUGCAUGACAGUUGGACUAGAUAUGAUGAGAUGUCUCUAUAUGACCUGCUUGACCAUGCCAUCGUACUAUCUCAUAAUGUCAGUGAUAUCACUGCAGAAAUGCACAAGAUAUUUCUGGAGGACGUGCUAUAUAAACCAGGCAGGUGGUUCCCUGAAAGUUACCUUACUGCCUGCCAUACAUCUGCACUCAGUAUUUCCGUGUCUAAAGAAGGAACCCAGCAGAUGCCGGGUGUAUUCCUGGUGAAAGAGAUGAUCAGUAUGUUGGGAGCUUGGAAAUAUCCUCUGUAUCACAUAGCAACUGAACUGAGUUAUAUGGAGGAAGCCCCUAAUGAGAUCAUAUCAAGAGUCAAAAGCAUUGAAGAAAAAAUCAAAGUACUUAUAGAUGCUCUUAAAGGGAUACUCAGCAAGAUUCAACCUGGAUCCCCAGAAAACGAAAUAUACCCCAUGUGGAAUGAACUGGCAUCCUUGCAGUCACCUGAUGAAGAUGUUCGUUAUUUUACUUUGUUUAACUUAUUUCUGUGCUUGGUCAAGGACACACGUAAAAUUGACUCUAAUUUCAGGCUAUUGAAAUGUAAACUUGUCUAUAACAGAGAUUGUUAA